CAGGGGAUUAUUGCAACCAAUCUGCUUCAGCCUAGACCUGCUAAUUAUUCAUGGGCUCCUGCCUCUGUGCUCUUUCUCUUGCACAGCCCCACAGUGCUGACUCAGUGCCUUAUACAAUCUUUUCUCCUUCUCCUUCCACUGCUGUGGCUGCUGGAUCUCUUGCAUUCACAUCCUCUGAGCAUCUAUAUACAACACCAUGGCUAAAACAGCAAUAGCCUACAAGGAAAAAAUGAAGGAGCUGUCUAUGCUGUCUCUGAUCUGCUCCUGUUUCCAUCCAGAGCCCCGAAACAAUAUCACUGCAUAUACGUAUGAUGAUAUGGAAGUGGUACAAAUUAACAAGCGUGCAUCUGGUCAGGCUUUUGAGCUGAUACUGAAGCCUCCAUCUCCAGUCUCUGAGGCUCCGAGGACUUUGGCCUCUCCAAAGAAGAAGGAUCUCUCCCUAGAAGAGAUUCAGGCAAAAUUGGAAGCUGCAGAGGAGAGAAGAAAGUCUCAGGAAGCCCAAAUCCUGAAGCAGCUGGCAGAGAAACGAGAGCAUGAGAGGGAAGUUCUCCAAAAGGCUCUGGAGGAAAACAAUAAUUUUAGCAAAAUGGCAGAGGAAAAACUGAUACUUAAAAUGGAACAGAUUAAAGAAAACCGUGAAGCCUAUUUAGCUUCCCUUUUGGAACGUCUUCAGGAAAAGGAGAGACACGCUGAAGAGGUCCGCAGGAACAAGGAGCUUCAGGAGGAACUGUCAGGCUGAGAAUAUACCACCAUUAGUCCCUUAUUUGCCUAUAUUUACGGAUCAUGCGAUAACAAUAUGGAAAAUGUAUGACAUCACGAAAACAAAUCGAAGACAAAAAAUGACAAGAACUCAUUCCAAACAAAAAAAAAACUAAAAAAAAAACUAAAAAAAAAUGUGGUCUCUUUGCAGAAUGAUUUGCUUCAUGUUUAAAAAAAGAAAAUGAAAAAAAAAAUUGGUUCUUAUUUUGUAAAUACUUACAUUUUUGUUAAAAAAUUACAAGUAUUGCAUUAUGCAAGUUAUUUCAUAAUCUUACAUGUCCUGUAACAGGCUUUAGGUGUCGUCUGUUUCUUCUAAAUUGAAUUUGCUGAAACUUUCCAGUUACCCAUGUCUAAUCUCAUUCCCUGCUGUCUUUCUUUGGUACAUAACAUACAAGUAAUCACAAGGUCGGUGGUGGAGAGGAAAACCGUCACUGCGCCAUAUAUUUUGUAAGCUUUCAACUUUGUUCAUUCAGUCUUUAUAUCCCAAGUACAAUGAUGUUAUUACAUGUCAGUGUCCAGAGAGGUUCUUAAGUAUUGUCAGAAAAACUAAAAAAAACUCUUUCCUUGGGUGUCAUGGUAAGACAAUUGCAGUGAUUUCCAGUGUAGGCUAAACUACUAUUCCAUUAGUUUGAUAGUCUGUAAUAUCUGAGGAAUAGAUGCCUCUGUUCUUUGGUCAGUGAAUAAAAUACAAGCAAGAGGCACAUAGGAUCUGGUGUAUAAUACCGUAUCUAUCGCAAACACUAGUAGAAAUAGUACAAGACAAUUAAGCAACGCCAUUUCACAAGGGCCUGACAACAAAAAAACAUGGCUCUAAUUCUAGCAAUAGCUCCCUGUCCGCUAUCUCUGCUAUACUGCUAAACAUUAAUUAGGAAUUUUGCCAUUAAGGAUUAUUUUGUACGCAUAUCCUGUACACCACCACAGGAUAGAGUAUUUAGGAUUAUUACUGAACCGGGAGAACUUUGCCAUUUGUUCAGCAAUGUGAGUUUUACCUUUAUUAUCAAAAAAUACAAACCUGAAUAGGUUGUUGGUACAACUACAGGGAUCAAUAGACAGGGUGCACGUGCCAAGUGUGGAACUGCCUAAAUGCCACCGAGUGUCAAACAUAGUUGCUAUUUUGAAAUUGUUCCUACCCUAAGGAAGUUGCUUCCUGCGUAUUCUACUCUUCAUUAGUGCUAUUUCCUGUAUGUCAUUGUGAGCAAGCUGUGGUUAAUAAACAACUGGAGUUCUGAGAACUUA